AUGUCAGCCGGGGGUGAACAUCUGAAAGAUGAAGGCUCCAAGAGGCAGACGGUGCUCGCUGGCGGAGCCGCUGGGCUGAUCUCUCGGUUCUGCAUUGCGCCUUUGGACGUGGUUAAGAUCCGUCUGCAGCUGCAAAUCCACUCGCUCUCGGAUCCCCUUUCACAUCGGACGGUCAAUGGACCCGUGUACAAGGGCACUCUGUCGACGAUGCGGGACAUUGUCCGACAAGAGGGAGUCACGGGUCUCUGGAAGGGAAAUAUUCCUGCCGAACUGAUGUACGUCUGUUACGGAGCGCUUCAAUUCACCGCAUAUCGAGCGACCACCCAAGCGCUGGAGCAAUUGGGGCCUUAUCGUCUCCCGCCAUCCGCCGAAUCGUUCGUCUCCGGUGCUCUGGCCGGUGGCAUCGCAACCGCCACCACAUACCCUCUCGAUCUCCUCCGCACAAGAUUUGCCGCGCAAGGCACAGAAAAAAUUUAUCGAUCGCUGGGAUCCUCCGUGCUGGAAAUCGCACGGCAAGAAGGGACCAAGGGUUUCUUCCGUGGCUGCUCGGCCGCCGUUGCGCAGAUUGUACCGUACAUGGGACUCUUUUUCACAGCUUACGAAGGGUUCCGGCCGUCGCUGGCUCAGUGGGAACAAUUGCCUUUUGGCACGGGAGAUGCUGCGGCCGGUGUGCUCGCCAGCGUGAUUGCCAAAACUGGUGUCUUCCCGCUAGACUUGGUCCGGAAACGUCUGCAAGUUCAAGGGCCAACACGCACCCGAUAUGUGCAUCGCAAUAUUCCCGAAUACACAGGUGUAAUGCAGUCGAUUGGAUUGAUUCUCCGGACGCAGGGGGUGCGAGGUCUCUAUCGUGGUUUGACCGUGAGUCUGCUCAAAGCCGCACCGGCCAGUGCAAUCACCAUGUGGACCUAUGAGCGGGUCUUGAGGAUGCUCCAGGAGACUGAGAUUGUCGGAUAA